UAUAGAAUUUCAGAGACUGUCUCUGAACGGACGGCGACGAUGACCUCGCGUGGAGGACAUCGUAUGACCGCAUGGGAACUGUGCGAGUACGAUGACCAAGCGGUCAGCGUCAUCCGAUCGGUAGUCGUGUAUGGUGAUUACAGGCUUCGGCAGAUUUCUAGGCAACAGAGGGGAUACUACUAUGAGGCUGCUUUCGACAAACUCCUACAGACGGAUUAUCUGAAGCGGUAUCGCACGACUCGUACGGCUAAAUCGAGACUACAGUUGGAAAAAUUUAAGGAACACGUGUUUCGUUACCUGAAGAUCUUCGACCGCGAUUCGGGCUUCUGCAUUGCCCCCUGUGUAAGAUACAGCCUGGAAAAACAUCUUGGGGCCCGUCUCGUCGUUACGAAGCCAUGGCGCAAAAAUGAACGCAUCAGUCUUUUAGUCGGUUGUAUGUGCGAACUGAGUGCCAAGGAAGAAAGCACUAUUCUUAAACCGGGCAAAAACGAUUUCUCCGUCAUGUACAGUUGCCGAAAGAACUGCGCUCAGUUGUGGCUUGGACCUGCGGCGUUCAUUAACCAUGACUGUCGACCGAACUGUUCAUUUGAAUCUGUCGGAAGGAACACUGCUUGCGUUCGCGUAUUGAGGGACAUGAAGUUGGGCGACGAGAUCGUUUGUUACUAUGGUGAAGAUUUCUUCGGCGAAGGCAACAAGAACUGUGAGUGCGAAACCUGCGAAAGGUACAUUGUUGAUGUGUGGGUGAUUGUAUUUUAUUAA